AUGCUAACGAUUGAACGGUCCCUCCUGUUUGACUUUGGCGCCGUUAGGUUUGUCGACACAGGAGGCACGACGCUUCUUAUUGCAAAAAGCGACCCCGCCCUCGCACGGCUGGGCACCGUUCAGUUUGGUCGCCAUACGAUCGACUCGUGGUACUCGAGCCCCUUUCCACAGGAGUACGCCAAACGGGAGGUGCUCCGGAUGUGUGAGUUUUGCCUGAAGUACAUGAAAACCAGCCGGGAGCUGGAGCGCCACCAGGCCAAGUGUGACCACAGGCACCCACCGGGGCAGGAGAUCUAUCGCGACGGAACCAUUUCGGUGUUUGAGGUGGACGGCACCGAGCAGAAGCUGUACUGUCAGAGCUUGUGCCUUUUGGCGCGGCUGUUUCUCGAGGACAAGAUAGUGUUCUUCGCCGUGGAACCGUUCCUUUUCUACGUGAUGACCAAGCAGGACAGCCAGGGGCAGCAUGUGGUUGGGUUUUUCUCGAAGAAAAAAGACCAAACCGAACAGAACGUUUCGUGCAUUCUGACGCUGCCACCACACCAGCGCCGGGGUUAUGGGCGGUUUCUGAUCGCGUUCAGCUAUCUGCUGAGCCGCGUGGAACGGAAACCGGGAACACCGGAGAAACCACUGUCGGCCUUGGGUCACCGGUCGUACAGGGAGUACUGGUGUUCGACCGUCCUGUCCUAUCUGUGGCUACAUCGUUCGGAGCCGUUGUCGGUGGCAGAAAUCUCACGGGAAACGGGCCUCAUCCCGGUGGACAUCGUGUACGCACUUUGGCAGCUCGGUUUUAUUCGAUAUCGCCACAUGAUGGUCGAUUCGAGGCGUGUUCGUGUUCCGUUCCUGUGCAUCGACUGGCAGCUCGUCGAGUGUCACCAUCAUGAGCGGAUGAGGCAAAGGACGAAAAGAGUAGAGGUGCACGAAGCGUGCCUACGCUGGGUACCGAAUGGGCAUGAGUUUAGUGCGACCAUUUGGAAUCUGUUGACAGCUGGAUGUCAGGUAGAAAAUGAUACGGCGAAUGAGCGAGGCGGAAAUGCAGCUUCACCAGUGGCUGCCGAGGGAAAAGGUAAAGCCACGAGCACCGAGCAUGGGAAAACGCUCGCUUCACGCAGCGACAGUGUAACGGCAACAUCCGGGGACGACCAGAUCACCGCAGAAGAGACCACGGCAGACCAGGAAGACGCGAGGCAACCAGAAUGCCGUACACCGCACCGGCUAGCAUUAAACAGCAACAGCAGCAUCAGUAGCAGCAUUCCGGGACCCUUCUCGGACGAAGAAAUUUCCCUCGACAGUGUAGAAGCCUUCAAAGGGACACCGAAGAGCGAGCUACAUCGAGGCGUAUCACCAGAGAAACCACCAUUCAGCUUUACGCCCAUUGCUCCGUUCCGUCGUGCGGAUGGUGCCGUCGAUCGCCUGGUAGCAGUGGCCGGCAGUGAACAACCGAUCGUUUCAGGCGAUCCAGUUCCCCUCGAACAACCUGCAACACCAACAACGACCAAGUGUUGGAAACGGCGCUUAAAUGGAACUCCUUUGAGCAGCUUGAAGCGAUCGUUGGUAGGCGAUCGAAGGAAACCGAUCGUGAGGCAGCUACUACCCGAUAUCGCUCUCCGAAAGCGACCGAAGCUGGACGCCGAUGCCGAUGCCGAUGCCGAGAGUGAUUCGAUGGAUGAUUUGGCCGCGAACAACUGCUGUUGGAGCACACUCGCAUCGGAUGCACGCCACAGAACGGAACCGUUUCUACCGCAGAGCCUGUAG